AUGGGGGUGCGCGAUCGCACCCCCAUUACCGUCGCCCUCCCUUACCGUCGCCCUCCCUUCCCGUCGCCCUCCCUUACCGUCGCCCUCCCUUCCCGUCGCCCUCCCUUACCGUCGCCCUCCCUUCCCGUCGCCCUCCCUUACCGUCGCCCUCCCUUCCCGUCGCCCUCCCUUACCGUCGCCCUCCCUUCCCGUCGCCCUCCCUUCCCGUCGCCCUCCCUUCCCGUCGCCCUCCCUUCCCGUCGCCCUCCCUUCCCGUCGCCCUCCCUUCCCGUCGCCCUCCCUUCCCGUCGCCCUCCCUUCCCGUCGCCCUCCCUUCCCGUCGCCCUCCCUUCCCGUCGCCCUCCCUUCCCGUCGCCCUCCCUUCCCGUCGCCCUCCCUUCCCGUCGCCCGCGCACCUUCCCGUCGCCGUCCGUUCUGCUCGUCGCCCUCCCUUCGUCCCCCGUCAAUUCUCUCCCCCCCGUCGCCCUCGCUUUCCCCGUCGCCCUGCCAUCCACUGCUCGUCGCCUUCGCCUUCCCUCCCGCCUCCCUUCCCAUCUGCUUCCCCCCAUCCGGUUUUCUGCUUCCCCCCAUCCGGUUUUCUUCUUUCCCCAAUCCGGUUUUCUGCUUCCCCCCAUCCCCUUCCCUGCUUCCCCCCCUCCCCUUCCCUGCUUCCCCCCAUCCCCACCCCUGCUUCCCCCCAUCAGAUUCCCGCCUCGCCCCCAUCCCCCUCCCUGCGACCCCUCAUCCCCCUUCCCUGCUUCCCCCCAUCCCCCUUCCCUGCUUCCCCCCAUCCCGUGCCCUGCUUCCCCCCAUCCCCUGCCCUGCUUCCCCCCAACCCCCUCCCUGCGUCCCCCCAUCCUCUUCGUUCUUUCCCCUUAUCCCAAGCCCUGCUUCCCCCCAUCCGGUUUUCUGCUUCCCCCCCUCCCCUUCCCUGCUUCCCCAUGUCCCCUCCCCACCUUCCCCAUGUCCCCUGCCCUGCUGUCCUGCUUCCCCCCCUCCCCUUCCCUGCUUCCCCCCAUCCCCUUCCCUGCUUCCCCCCCUCCCCUUCCCUGCUUCCCCCCAUCCCCACCCCUGCUUCCCCCCAUCCCCUGCCCUGCUUUCCCCCAUCAGAUUCCCGCCUCGCCCCCAUUCCCCUCCCUGCGACCCCUCAUCCCCCUUCCUGCCAGUGUCCCCCCACGCACGCCCUCCCCUUCCUCACCGCAAGCACUCCCCUGCGCCGGUCACGCCCUCUCGCUGUCGCGUUCGGAUGCCAUUCCCCCUCGCUACUCCCUAAACCUUCCCCCCAUGCACGCCCUCCCCUUCCCCCGUCGAAAUCACUCCCCUUCCUCGUCUAGUUCUCUCCCCGCCCCUCUCCACUUUCCUGCCCCCCCCCCUCCCCGCACAUGCAUGACCCUUCUCCUUUGCAAGCACCCCCCUGCGGGGUCGCUUUCGCUUCCUUUUUCCGUCGAUAGCUAUCCCUUCCCCACCACUAGCUCUCUCCUCCCCCACUGCUAUCACGCCAGGGUUCCCCCCUACCUGUCACUCCCUCAUCGCGUCUUUGACGCUCCCCUAACCCGUCUCCCAUUGUGUGAACCCCCCAUCCCCCCCCCCAACCGCUCCCCCAUCCGGCCCGCGCAAUUCCUGUGCGGCCACAGCGCGCCAAUAGUUGCGCUCCUCCCCUGCUCCGCAUUCGCCUCCGCGCCCUCCGCUCCCCCCGCCAGCGCGCUUCCGCCCUCCGCCACCGUCCCUUCCGCCGUUGCCGCGGCCAGGCGCGAAAUGAUGCGCGCUGGGGGAGGUGUGGGCGCGGGGGGGAGAGAGAGCGGGGAGAGUGGGGGAGAGGACGGCAGGGAUGGUAGAGGUGAUAGGGGUCGGAGAGGUGAAAGGAAGAAUUUGAGCCGAGGUAGUCUGGCGAGUGUAGGUGAGGGGAGUGCUGGGGAGGAGGACGAGGAGGAGGAGGAGGAGGACGAGGAGGAGGAGGAGGAGGAGGAGGAGGAGGAGGAGGAGGAGGAGGAGGAGGAGGAGGAGGAAGAAGAAGAAGAGGGAGAGGAGCAAUCGGAAGGAAGUAAGUCAGAAGGCGAGGAGAGAGGGGAGGGUGGGGGGGCUGGGUUCAAGGAAAAAAGUGAGGCAGGCGCAGAGGGGGAUGGUAACAGCUCUGCCUGCAAUGGCGGUUUCUCUGAGCGCAUCAGCAGUAGCAACAGCACAAAAAACUCCCACACCUACAGCAGCACCCCCAGCAGCAACACCACCAGCACCAGCAGCAGCAGCAGCAGCAGCAGCAGCAGCAGCAUCGGCGGCGCGAUGAGUUGGCUGGCAGGCGGCAUGACAGGAGCAGAGGACGAGCUCUGGCCAGCAGAUGCGCUCGUGUCCCUCUGCUCCGCAUCCACUCUCUGCCUCUGGCACGCCUCCUCCGGCCGCUGCUGCCGCCGCCGCCGCCUCCCCCCCUGGGUGGGCACCCCUGCUGCUGCUUGCCUUGUCCCUGGCUCGUCCCACGCGCUUCUCUGCAUUGCUGGGAAUGAUACUGCAGCUGCUGCUGGUGCUGGUGGGACUGCAGGGGCCGGCGCGGGGGGGAAGGCCGGGGGAGCCGCCGGCACAGGCUCUCCUAAGUCUCCCCUGCAUGGCGGAGCGGGGGGAGGGGGGAAGGAGGAGAAGGGGCGCGGGGGCGCGGGCGGGGGGAAGAGGAGGGACGGCGGAGGGGGGGCAGGGGGGGAUGCGACAGGGGCAGGGGUGCGUGGGUCUGUCGUGAUUGUAUCAGCCGUAUCACUAUCCGUGCUACAAACGGUGGUGCAUGGAAGCUUGCCUUUGUAUAGUCCCAUUGCUGCUGUAGCUGUAUCCCUAGCCACACCCCCGCCCCGGUUCUGGAGCAGCAGCAGCGGGAGUGGCGGAGGGGGAGGUAGCGGGGGGGGCGGGCAGGGCGGGGGGGGUGGGGGAAGUGGGGGAAGUGGGAGAGGUGGGUCUGCUGUGGUAGGCGUGUCUGGGAGUGAGUGGAUCCGUGUGGUGGUCUGGGUGACUGACUCAGCUGGCGACGUCCCGCCUGGUGCCCCUCCUGGCCCCUCCCGCUCCCGUGCUUCCUCUGCUGCACCCACCGCUGCACGUGCCUCUUUCCCAGGCGCUGGGGGUGCUGCAGCUGCACAGGGAGCGGCAGCAGGGGGGGUAAGAUCGGGGGGAGCACACGCCACAGCACGCGCAUGGGAAGAGGGACGACCAGGAGCAGGGAGGGCGGGGGGAGGGGUGGCCGGCAGGGCAACAUCUGGUUCCCAAUCCUCGCUUCCUUCUCCUCACCCUUCCGCCUCCUCAGCCUUAUCGCCUUCCUCUAUUCAACCACCAUCGCAGCCGCAUGCGUCUUCGACUUUCCCUGCGGCCCUCACUGCUUCGCCCUCCUCGCCCUCCUCUCCCACCGCCCGCACCUCCCACCUGCUCGUGACCCCUGUGCCUGCCACCUCCGCUCUCGUUCUCGCUGCUGCUGCACUCGUAUCCGCCUCCUCUGAGGCAGCAGCAGCAGCAGCAGCAGCAGCAGCAGCAGCAGCAGGGUUGACAGGGCACACACCCUGGGGAAUCGGGGUCUCUUCUUCUCUAGGCCCCAGUAGUAACUUGGUCUCUGGUUGUCUAUCACCCACUGGUUCGUCUCUUCUCACUGCCCCUUCCACCAGCAAUAGCCCGUUCUCUCCUCUCCUGCCUCCUACUACCAGCCCGUUUACAGCCAGCCCCUAUACAGGCAGUCCCUUUACAAGCAAUCAGGCACCCAACGGGUCUGGUUCUGGUUGGGACCGUGGCAGUGGUGGCAGUAGCAGCGGUGGUGGUGGGUCUGCGCUGUGUUCAGCUCCCUAUUGGCUGCACAAUCUCUCGCAGAUAGGCGUUCUUGUCCCUGGGGCAGCGUUUGCGCGCCUGCCCUCCGCGUUUGGGCGCAUAGCAGGGGCGAGAUUCGUGUCCUCAUGCGCCCACGCGCGCUGCUGGGGGGGAGGCAGCGCGGCAGGCGGGGGGAGCGGGGCGGAGAUUGUGAUAUGGGAUGAGAACGGCGGGGCUGUGUGCUGCUGCCUGCGCGAGAGAGCAGGGGAAGGGGGAAGCGGAGGAGGAGGAGGAGGAGAUGGAGGAGUGGGAGGAAGAGGAGGGGGGAGCAGGGGAAUGGGAGGGGCAUCAGAGGGGGGCCAUACUGCAUCCAUGCCAGGAGGAGCCUCCCAUGCAGUGGCUUGGUCUCUAGAUCUCCUUGCCUGGUUGCCCCCUGCUAUGCCUCCUGCUAUCAGCUUUGGGGUGGUUGGCCGGCGCUUUGGCUUCUGCCGCUUCUCCCAGUCCUUGCUGGUUCGGACCGAGAGCGGCCCGCCGAUCCUGGAAGAGAGGCUCGGGAUGGAUCCAAUGGUGCUGUUGGGGUAUGGGGAGCAUGGGGGUUACGUGAAUUGGGAUGGGCAUGGGUCGUGGGAAGCAGAGGUAUCGGGUCGAGCGGCGACCAUGGUUGCUUGGUCAUCCUUACGGCAAGGAUGGGACCUGAGGGGGGAUGUGAGUAGCAUUACUGGCAGUAGCAAAGCGUACUUGCCAUCGUCACCAUCAGCAGCUGCUGCAGCAGCUACCACAGGAGCACCAUUAGGAGGAGGAGCAGGGGGAGCAGGAGGAGCAGGAGGAGCAGGAGGAGCAGGAGGAGCAGGGGGAGCAGGAGGAGGGGGGGGAGAAGAGGGAUUCAAGAAGCAGUGUGAGGAGAGGGCAGGCGGGGCAGUGACAACAGCCAUGCUGGUGGGUGGGGGUCGCUUCGGCCCCUCCCUAGUACUACGAGGAUUCGCCAGUGGUAAGAUCCAGGCUGUUCCCCUCUUCCGCCUUAGCUCCUCCCCAGAUAGCACUAAUAGCACUUCAGGAGAACCCCAGGGCCCACCAGAUGGUUCGGCAGCAUCCGGUUCGGAAGCUGGUUCGGGAGGUGGUUCGGCGCGUGGGGGUUUGGCAAUUGGGGGCGGGAGUGGGGGCGGGGGGUGGGAGAGGGAGUGGUGGUUGGAGGGGCAUGAGGGACCUGUGCUGUGCAUGCUGGAGCAUGCCGCUCCCUUGGAGUGGAUACCACGGGGUGAAUGGUGGCCAGAUGACGGAAACGAGGGUGCUUGUGAGGCUUGUGCUGCUGAGUUUGGUGCUGCUGGUAGUGGUGCUGGUGGUGGGUUCGGGUAUGAUGCUGGUGAGCAGAUGGAGGGGAGUGCUGGUGGGAAGGUUACAGAUGGCCGCAGCAAAAGCGGGCUUGGGACUCAAUUCCAGCACCAACAGCAGCAGCAGCAGCAGCAGUCGGCGGUGUUGCGCCGUGUGCUUGUGAGUGGGGGCAUGGACGGCACUAUCAGAGUGUGGGACUUAGGCUGCCUGCAGUACUGCCGACACCGCACUCACACCCACACCCAUAUUCACACCCACACAGCAGCAUCAGCAGGACAAGCAGCAGCAACACCAGCAGCAGCAGCAGCAGCAGCAGCAGCAGCAGCAGCACCAGCAGUGGUGAGGUUGCGUCCCUUAGCCACUCUCCGUCACCAUGUGGCACCAGUAAGGCGUCUCUUACACCCUCCUCCCGGCACGCUCCCCCCCUGGCGCUACUGCUUCGCCUCUCUCUCAGACGAUGGUGCGGUGGGUAUCAGCUCUCUGGAGACGCUUAGAUGCGAAAGAUUGCUGCCCGGUCACCGCCUGCCCGUGGAUAAUAUUUUGUGGGACGGGCAGCGGGGGUACCUGGUGUGUCUGAGUAAGGGGAAGAGCGGGGCGCAGAAGGGAGGAGGAGGAGGCGGGGGAGGGGAUGGUGGUGGGGGGAGUGGAGGAGGAGGAGGUGUAGGAGGAGCAGGAGGAGGGGUGCUAGCGGGAUUGGAUGGUGGUGGUGGUGGCUUGGGGCAGUCUGGAUUGAUUGUGACGAAAGGGAGGAGGAAAGGGCGCGCUUCAGGACCCAACGCAUCUGUUCUGGCCGAUUUAGGGGCGGCUUUUAGUGCUGCCCAGGAACAACAGCAGCAGCAGCAGCAGCAGCAGCAGGAGCUAGGGACAGGGAAGCGGCCUGUGUUUGAAAUAGGCGGAGGGGCGAGUAGCGAUGCUCUAGAUGUGUUUGAUUCGGGGGCUGCAUCGAGACGAGCGAGCCACACAGCAAGUGAAAGCAUCGGUGCUGCUGGUGGUGUUGGUGGUGGUGGUGGUGCUGGCGGUGGUGCUGACAGCGUUGCUACCAGCAUGGCUGCUGCUACUUCCCAAUUGCCAGAGACUGCUGGUGCCGCUGGUGGUGCUACUGGUGUUGCUGGUGCUGCGGCAACAGCAACCAUACCAGCUGCAGCAGGUGCACUAUCUGCUGUGCCACAGCUGGUGCCAGGCUCACCAGGGACAGCACGAGCAGGAGCGGCAGGAGCGGCAGGAAUGGGAGGAGUGGGAGGAGCAGCGGCAGGAGCGGCAACAGGAUCGGGAGCAGCAGGAGCAGCGGCAGCAGCAGCAGCAGCAAAGGACAUGCUAUUCGUGUGGGACCUGCACUCGGGAGCGAGAGAGAGGAUACUCCGGGGCAACCCAGCGAACUCACUCUUUUCUUUCUUUGCUGCCAAGAUCAAAGCCUCUGCUCACUCCUCCGCCGCCGCUGCUGCUGAAGCUGCUGCGCCCCCGGUUGAGAACCUUCUGCUGGAGUUUGAUGCGGUUGAUCGCGGUGCUGAGGUGCGGGGAGACGAGGUCGGGGAGGAGCAGGCGGAUCAGGGAGGUGGUUUUGAUGCUGGAGGGAAUCAGUCAGCGGGUCAUCAUCAUCCUCCUCUUCCUCCCCAGCAUCAUCAUCACCAGCAGCAGCAGCAGCAGCAACAACACCAGCAACAGCACCAGCAGCAGCAGCAACAGCAACAGCAACAGCAACAGCAGCAACAGCAGCAACAGCAGCAGCAGCAGCACCCUGGUGUGUCACCCGUGCUGCGCUCACCAGCAGUCAAGGGUUUCCUCACCCCCUCACACGUGCCCAUCCUUCUCCUCGACCUCCCCUACCUACUCUCCCCUGAUCUCAGCCUUGCACUCUCUGCUCUCCCCCUGCCACCGCCCCCACCCAUGCCCCGCUGCCUUGGGCUUGAAAGAAGGGAUAGCAGCAGCGGUGGCAGUGGUAAUAGCUUGAACGGCUUUGCUGCAGGAACAGGGGAGCGUGCUGUUUCAGACCAGCAGCAGCAGCAGCAGGGGGAGGGGGUGGAGGUUUCCACCGCUCCACCGCACCACGGCACCGCUUUACACCGCUCCACACCGUGGGACCCGCCGGUCUGGCAGCGGCUGUGGACAGGCGAAGCCAUGGCGCUGCGCAAUGCCAUUCGGUACCUGCACCUGUGGGGGUGCGACUCCCAGUUGGACGCUGCUUUAUCUGCUGCACUAUUGGUAUCAGAGCCGGCGCAAGUGUGUGUGGGUGCGGGGCUUGCUGGGGAUAACGGCGCGCUCACGCUCUCGUUCCCGGGCCAGCAGGGCCGCGCGGAGGUAAGCGGAGGUAGAAGUGGGUUGGCGGAGCUCUUCCGCACCUCGCCGCACUUCUCAGCACUGCGCUCGCUCGCCCUCGUGGCCCUGGCGCAGCGCAUCAUGCACCUGCUGCCCCCUCACCCGCCCUCGCUGUCGCGCCGCGUCUGCUCGCUCCUCGCCGCCUUCUACUCGCGGGAACUCGCCGAGAAACUCCCAGGCUCUGUGGCUCCUGCGCUCGAGCUCUACGCCUGCUUCUGGCACGAUGCAUCGGACCACAUUCGCAUGGCAGCGCGCUCUCUCUUCCACUGUGCCGCCCUCCGAGCCUUCCCUCCUCUCCUCCGCUCCCCCCACUUCCCCUCGCCCCGCCCCUCCCCCUCCUCCUCCUCCUCCUCCCUCGACGCCCCUACAUCCACAUCCCUGCCGCUAACGCCAUUCGGAGGAGUGGGAGGAGUGGGAGGAGGAGGGGCAGGAGCAGGAGGAAUAGGAGGAGCAAAAUCAGCAGCAGCAGAGCAGGGAGGCAGAGGAGGGUUGCUCGUCCAACCCGAUUGGAUUGGCUGGGAGCCGUCCGAUGUGCUCCAAUGGAUCGAAUCAUCCGACGGUUCAGAUGUCGUUUCAGUCGUGGGGGGCACUCCUGCCGACGGCAAAGCAGCGCGCACCAACGUUGCUGCUGCUCUAGCCGUCUGGUACCUCCCCCUCGGUCGAUCCGACCUAGCUGCUGCUGUUGCCCCCUCGUUGCUCCGGCUCGUGCGAUUGGCUAAUAGCCGCCACGCUGCCACUGCUGCGGAGAUUCUAGCUGAGGGGAUGGCGGACACGUGGCAGGCCCUGAUUGGCCCGCAGAUCCACCGGCUGAUUGCGGACGUUUUUGUCCUUUGUGAGGAUCUGAGGGGAGCUUGGGCGGCAGGAGGGCAAGGGAUGAAUGGGGGUGGAGGGGCGGGAGGAGGAGGGGGCGGAGGCGGAGGAAGGGGGGAAGGCGGAGGGGUAGUAGGAGGAGGAGGAGAAGGGAGAGGAGAGAGAAUUAUGUCUCUCUCUCAUCCCAACCUAGCAUCACUUGGUGGUGCAUCAAGUAACAAUCCCGCUGCCACCGGUGCCGUUUCAUCUUCUUCUGCUCGCAACAACUUCUCCUCUACAAGUCACAGCGGCGCCAGUAGCGGCCAGAUGGGCAUGGGCAUGGGAGGGGGGUCAAUCACAGCAGCAGGGAUUGUCACUCCGCCCACGUCCGCUGCCCCCUCGCCCUCUGUUGCCGGCCCGCCAUCCCCGUCGCCUCAGACCAUUGUGAGGAGACUUGACCUGGGACCAGGUUCAAUGGGCAGCCCUGGGGGAGGGGGAGGAGCGGGAGGAGGAGGGGGCAGGAUGGGGGGGUAUGGGUCGGCUUCGGGAGGAGGAGGAGGAGGAGGAGGAGGAGGAGGGGGGUUGUCUCGUGGUGUGAGCGGUAGUGGGAGCAUGAACGAUAUUCUCACGCCGACGUCGCUGGCCUCGCCAGCAGUCACGCCGUCAGGCUUCCGCAGCAGCACAGGGGACGUGCACGCACACAUGCAUGCGAACAUGCACCCAAACAUGCACGCUGCUGACAUGCAUUCGGACAUGCAUUCAGGCAUGCAUGGCGGCAUGUUUGCGGACAUGCACUUGGACAUGCAUCAUCAUGGUAUCCAUUCCGUCCCUGUCUCAGCAGCCAUGCUCUCUGACGCACACUCUUUGGAUUCAGGCACUAUUCUCACCCCUGGGGCUGUCCCUGCUUCUUCUGCCGCUGCCUCUGCCGCUGCUGCGGCUGUGGCUGGUGCAAGCAGCAGAGGCAGCCACCGAAGCAGCACCGGUGGUGGGGGCGCGCCUCCUGACUCAUCGGUGCAUGUGACUGCGCUCAUGGCGAUCAUUAGGGCCGUGCGCUCGUACCCGCGCUCGCUGCUCUGCCAUCUCACCCAGAUCGUGGAGUGUGCCCUCAAGUGCACGGACCAGUCCAACCCCCCACUCCGCAAGAACUGUCUGCACACCGCCAUGGCGCUGCUCAUGGAGCUGCCGCGCAACUUCCCCAUGGCCGCCGUCUUCCAGAGCCCGCCCGCCUCGCCCAACUCCUACCUGCGCCUCGCUGUGGGGGACGCCGUGGGGGACGUGGGACGCAUCGCUAUUCACGUCUACGACCUGCGCUCGGGCACCAAGUUCCGCACGCUAGACGCCAGCAGCGCUCCAGGCCACCCCACCUUCCUCCGCUCCCUCUCCCGCCGCUCCUCCUCCUCUGCUGCUGCUACUCCUGCCAAUGAUACCGCAGCACCAUCACCAACCACCCUGCUUUCUCCGUCCUCCUCCCAUUCCUCCCUCCCAGCCAUCUCCCCCUCCUCCUCCCCCUCCUCCUCCUCCUCUUCCACAGCCACCGCCUCCCUCCCCCACCAGCCCACCCCCCCGCACCCGCUCGCGCACAUCGGGAGCAUCUCAGCCGUCGCUUUCGCGCCAGAUGGCGAGGCCGUAGUGGCCUUCUCGCAGAUCGGACUAGUUCUCCGGUGGUGGUCCAUAGGCAUGGCGUGGUGGGAGAAACUGACUAGAGCGCCCACGGCACCAGUGCACUGCAGCAAGCUGGUUAUGGUGCCACACCUACCAGAGCUCCCUCCGGACCUGCUCGUGCUGACUGGAGGUGGCACGGUGGGCCGAGCAGAGGAGGAGGAGUUGAAUCAGCAGCAGCAGCAGCAUGUGUUGAUGCAGGAGCAGCAGCGGCGGUCGAGUGGGGAUGCGCUGCCAACAAUGGCCUUCGGCUCUUUCCUCUUCACAGCAGCAGGCGGGUCAGCAGCAGCAGGAGGCACGAGAGCACAGGGCGGCACAACCACAGAUACAGCCACCGCAGGCCGCCUGCUUCCCUCCGCAUCCUCCACCCUUCCUCCCCUUGCUGCUUCCCUGGGAGGGGCGGGCGGAGGAGGGGGAGGGGGAGCAGCAGGGAGAGGAGGCGGGGUGGUUGUGGGGGGGAGCACGAGGGGGGGCAUGCAGGCAGCUAUGGCACUGGCAGCUCAGCUGUUGGAUCUACACGUGGCGUUGGAGUGGAGGCCUGAUAGGACAGUGGUGCUGCUAUACAAUGGGGCUGUGGUGGCUACUUUCUAG